AAGAUAGCAAUUUUUCCUCUGUUUUAAAUGGGCAAAGUUCAAAUUUUCUAGUGAUUAAAAACACUGAUAUUACAGCGUCCUAUCCUUUUGGUAAUAGAGCGUAAAAGAGUAUCUUAGCAUCUGGAUCUUCUCCUUCACUUUGUAAAUUUAUAGCAAAGUAGUGAAACCACAAGAUUUCCUUAUUAUUAAAAAAUGGCUGGUCCAUCUGGUAGCAGUAAUAAUUUUAAUGGACCUAAUUCAACAAGGAAACAUGGCUUAAGUCGCUUCUCUUUAGCUCGUUUGUUCAACAUAUCGUCAUACACUCAUCGCACGACUGGACAGCGUUGCAGUUCGAACAUUGAUAGUGAUAGGAGAUCAGAAAGCAGUUCUGUGGGAUUUGGAAUUGGAAUCCCAACAAAAACUCAGCAAAAUAACCGUGAAUCUGGAUGUUUUCCUGUGCCAGGUCCUUCUUCCUCUAGCUCAGAAUCUAGUUCAUUCAAGAAUGUAAAUGUAGGAAGCAAAGGAAAUUCCCAGGAGGAUUUGAAAAAAAAUGAAAAUCAAUUUUUAGAAUGUCCUCUUUGUCUUUUUGAGCUCCCACACUUAUGCUUUCCCGAGUUAAGAUCUUGCAGUCACCGUGCUUGUUUUAACUGCUUACAACAGUACUUAAAAAUAGAGAUUACUGAGAGUAGCAACAUGACAUGUUAUACUUGCUUUCAAAUCAAGGAUAGUCCAUAUGCUUCCUGCAUAGGCACAUAUCUCUCAGGAAUUCCCACAACCAAAAGUUACGAUGCUUGA